AUGUCUGAUGACCUCCUCCAUUCUGUUUCAGUGUGCCCCGAUCCACCCAGUGUUGCCAAUGCCUCGCCCUCAACAACACAGAAGGCGGUGGGUACUGUAAUUACCUUUACCUGUGAUACAGGUUACAUAGCCGGGGGGACAUCGCAUAUCACGUGCCUGACUUCUGGAGCCUGGGAAUCCCUGUCAUUCUCAUGCACAGAUUGUGGUGAGCCUCCCACAGUGAGUGACGCCACUGUCCAGUCCGGGACAAACCUUGUCGGCAGUAACAGAUUCUAUCUCUGUGAUGGAAAGUCCGAUGUUCUGUCCUCUAAUUACGUCACCUGCCAGGACACUGGUGCGUGGACCACAGUAAACAUCGCUUGUGGAGACUGGCCGUAUGGGGUAUAUUCACUCCUACAGCCGACUGCAGGGUGUCCAUCCGGCUUUCUGACCGGCCAACGAACUUGGAUAAUGGAACAGCAUGGCAGUUCCUCCAGUUCAAACAGUUUUUUGGCAGGUUAUGCGUCUGGAAAUAAUGUUCAGUGGCACUUCUGUACGAAAACAGACCCAGACGAAAACACAGGUCCUUCAUCAUGGCCGGCAGGAACAUACUGCAUCCUCAUGCAUACUGAAUAUUGCCCGUCGGGGUUUAACGAUGGUAAUAUAUACUUUGAUGAGGAGGACUCCGACAAUAGCCCCCGAUCAUCAUCAGGGACCCUACCUCAGAUAACUGGAGUCUACGACUCUCGUCUUUAUUUUUGCUGCAGGGCCGAUAGUUCCCCCAGUACUGCUAUGACAAUGGAGACAAGUACUCCGUUUGUACUUUUUGCGCAUACAGGAUCUACCUGUCAAAGUGUUCAGGGCAUGACUGUCAGCUCGGGAAACACCUUUUUCGAUGGCGAGGACAGCGAUAAUAUAGACACCAAGUUUGACUCUGUAGCCUUUGCUAAUGGACCACCCGAUUGGAGGAUUUAUUACUGUUAUUAUACCUAAGGCUGUCAGUACAGUAGAACGGAGAAUGCUGAACGUUAUUUCACACAAGGAGAGGCAAAUACCUUGAGAAUACUGGACGUGUUUUAACACCGUGAAAGUGGAAUUACCUGAGAAUACUGAACUUUAUUUCACACUUUCAGAGUGAAAUUACUUGAAAAAGCAACAUUACAGUAGGAGAGUUGAAUAACAUGAGAAAACUGAACAUUAUUUUAAACUUGGCGAUUGGAAUCACUUGAUAAUAAUGAACGUUAUAUCACACCGGGAGAGUGGAAUAAAAUCAUCUUUCAGAAUUCAAUUUAAAAAAAGAGAGGAUCUGAAAGUGACUUUUGUAUGAGAUUCACGAAACGAGUAUAUUCUAAUAAUCAGGACCACCACCACCAGGGACUUGAUAUUGGGCCUGUAGCAUGCUGGGGUGAAGGGCUACAAAGUUUGUUCAAA